CCCAGUACUGCCUCGCUCUGGCGGGUAGAGUCUAUAGAAGUCUGAAACAGAAGAGGCAUCACAAUCUUUCCGUAAUCUGUUUUCUUGUGCAUUCCACUUUACGAUGCGGGGAACCAACUAACAUAGUAAAGAUAAAGACAACACCAUAAAUCAAGCGAGUCAUGGCGUUAACCAGCGAUUUGGUGUCGCCGGAGCAAGAACCACCACAGACCGAGGACGGCUUUGUGUGGGAUGUAAAUACCCAGCUCUACUACCACUCCAACACUGGGUUUUAUUAUGACCCUCAAGCGGAAUGGUAUUACAGCAGUAGAGACGGCCAUUAUUACAAAUUUGAAAACGGGAACUAUAUUUUGAUGCAUUCUGAUCAGGUUGAUGUGUCUCAAAGGGGUACUUCUGAUUCUACUGAUCCUAAUGUUGCUUUCCAAAAUGAACAGUAUACAUGUCUUCAUCAUCCCAAUGAAGAGUAUUCAUCUUUGGUUGAAUUCUAUGAUGAAACAGCAGGAACUAAUUCUGUUGAAAAUUCUGAGGACCAUAAAGGUCGUAUUGAAAAUGAGUUGCCAGAAAAUCCACCACCAUCUGAGUGGCUUGAAGACACUCUGAUUGAUCUGUAUCUUUCCAAUUAUCCAAAUCAAUCGACACAUGCUAUAUCUGACACAACAGUGCCUGAGGAAAAUAAUGGCUUAUUAGAUGGUUUGAAUGUAUCAGCAGCUGGGAGUGAUGAUAUGUAUGAACUUGAGGAAGGUGAAUGGGUUCCAGAUGACCAUCUAGUGUCUUCAUGUUCAAAUGAAAAUGCAUUGGAUGAAGGCAUUUCUUUAGAGGAAGAAAACUGGCAAGCUCAGUAUGGUCAAGUUACUCGAGCUGAUGAAGAUUCAUUAUUAUCCGAUAUACAGGUGAUCGAUUUGUGGGAUUGGUCGCUGGUAAAAAGGAGAAGGAAAGAAAAGAAACACAAGGUGGCGGUACUUGUUGGACGGUUAGCAAAACGCUCCACUAAGUUGCAUCCAUCAAUGCCUUCCAGCGGUGGGCUUCUCAGAACUGCUCCUAUAUGUGAAGUUCAACUUGAUCUGGUACGAGUCAAAUCAGGCAAUAUUUAUAGGCUGCGGAAUCCCAGCUCACAAUACUUGGCUUCUUUAUCUACCUAUGAUUCCUCAAACCCAACAAAAGACUGGUGCUUUCCUCAAAUUUUAAUGGACAGGCUAUCCAGAGCAGAUACUACAUCUAGUCAGGGAUGCGACUCAAAAGCUCCUGCUGGUGUUGUUGGUCAGAAGGAUAUUCGUUUGUCGUCUGAGCAGAUCAGUGCGUUUGAUAAGAGCAGAGGUCAUGUGUAUAGAGAUAGAGCUGCAGAGAGACGGGCAUUACAUAAUGGGAUCGGUGUAGGUCCGGGGCAAAAGAGCUCAUUUGAUUCAGGUCCGAACACUUCCACAUCAGUUUCUCCAGAGGAAGCAAUGGCUGAAUCCUUGAAUGCAUCAUUUGGAACUGGCAGUUAUGCCAGAAGAGUUCUCGAAAGCAUGGGCUGGAAAGAGGGAGAGGCACUUGGUAGCAGCAACAAGGGGUUGAUUGAACCAUUGCAAACAAAUGGAAAUAUGGGAAAUGCUGGACUGGGAUGGAAUCAUAGAGGAAGACGCUCUUCAUAAGUGCUCCUUCGGUUACCACAGUUUCGUUCAUCGGCCUAUUUAGUUGGAAAUCUCCUAAAUAUCAACUAAUUUAAUUGAGCCAGCUCAUCAAACACUAGUUUAUUUGAAUGAAUUGAAGAAAACAAACUUAUCAUUUCUUAGAUGUCACUUUAUUUAGUUUUUGAAUUAAUAAUGAAACAAUGGCC